AUGGCCGACAAGGAAUACACCUACCAGGACGUUGCCGAGCACAACACCAAGAAGGACCUGUUCGUCGUCAUCCACGACAAGGUCUACGACUGCACCAAGUUUGUCGAUGAGCACCCCGGUGGAGAGGAGGUCCUGCUAGACGUCGGCGGCCAGGACGCGACUGAGGCUUUCGAGGAUGUCGGACACAGCGACGAGGCGCGGGAGACCCUCGAGCCCCUGCUCGUCGGCGCCCUGAAGCGAAAGGCCGGCGACCCUGCGCCCAAGGCCGUCCCCUCCGCCAUGUCCCCUUCGGCCAACACGAGCUCGGCCGGCAUGGGCACAGCCAUGUACGCCAUCGUCUUCGUCGGAGGUCUCGCUGCCUUCGGUGCCUACCAAUACAUGCAGAGCCAGCAGGCCAAGCAGGCUUAG